AUGCUCAAUGCUCCCUCCCUUUCCCACCCGAUAUACGCUGUAGACUUUCAGGAACAUGCCGUGCCGCAAACAGCGUCUAUUGCAGGCAGAGAGAGAACGGGAAACAAACAGCUCUUCCAAUCGGGAAGUUACUAUACAAUCAAUCCAGCUGAUAGAAUCGCUUGCAUCCAACCUGCUGCUGAACUGGCCGAUUUCAUCGACAUGGUGGAGAGCCCGAAUUGUAUCAAGGUUUCCUCGAAAGGCAUUUCUCUACCAGGAAUACGGAGAAAACAGCUAGAUCGGACCCAACUGCACACUCUCAUUACAAGGUCCGUCCCUGUAUCAAGUGUUGCCCAUAUUCUCCCUACUCCGUUACGCUCUACAUGUACCUCUCAGCCGAAGUUUAGGCAUCAAAUCCAAGGUUGUAUGUAUAUAUAG